AUGUCAACAAUUGGAAACAAACCAAAGGGAAUUCUCAAGCAACCAUCGGUGAACUUUCAGCAGAGAAACAAGUUAAAAUGGGAUGAAGAUAAUAUUCAGCUAACGGAAGUCCAGAAAAGUUCGACAAUGAAAAUUACUGAACCAAAAACCCCAUAUAUACAUUAUAAUCAAGAAACCGACGAAAUUAUGACAGACCUUCAAACCAUCCCGGGACUGGCACUAGGAUCCAGCAACACGACGUCUAAUAGUCAAGGAUCUAGUGGCGUUUCUCCUGUGGGUUCAUUUUCAUCGGUAUCCCCUUCAUCAGCUCAUUUCCCUGAUUCUAUAAAGGACGAUUGGGAGUCCGAAAAUUCAGAAGAGGACGAAGAAGUCAAAGAAAAACGUCGCCGUUUUGCUGAACUUAGAGCCAAACAUUACAACAUGAAAGAAGCUCUUAGCUUAGGUCACAAACUGGUAGAAAACAACGUGGAUGAUGAUGAAAACAGUAAUGUUAGCGCUUUGAAAGCUAAAAUUCUGGGAAAAAACCCGGAAGAUGAUGAGGAAGAGGAAGGGGAAGAAGGUGAUGAUAAUGAUUUGACGUCAAACGGUGAUGCUCCCAUGGAGACAUAG